AUGGAUGCCUUCCCCAUGUGCUUCACCAGCCCUUCCCAUCGCAGCUCGUCCAAGAUCUAUCAGGACUUGAUUUCCGCUCACCUCCUCGCUUGCCCUGCCCCUACCUGCAGCCAUCCGUCGCACGACAUGGCCAACGCGGACGCCCUUGAUCAGGUACAGUCCCCCUUGUCGCCGGCGCCCAAUCAUGUCAUCAUCCUCUGCAUCAUCGGCGCCGGCUUCGCAGGACUACGCUGCGCCGACAUUCUCCUCGAGCACGGCUUCAUCGUCACCAUUAUCGAAGGCCGAGAUCGCAUCGGCGGCCGUGUGUGCCAGCAGAGGCUGAAGAACGGCCAUCUGGUAGACGGUGGGCCAAACUGGAUCCAUGGGACCACGGACAAUCCGAUCCUUGACCUCGCCAGGGAAACAAAUACGCCCGUGGGAAGCUGGGAUGCGAGGGCAUGCAUCUUCGACGAGUCUGGCAACCUCUUCCAGCCCGACGAGGGAGAGAAGCUCGCCGGUGUCAUGUGGGGAAUUAUCCUGGACGCAUUCAAGCACUCCAACACACUCAGCGCCGAUAUUCGCCCCGACGAGACGCUGUCGGACUUUUUCCAGAAGCGAGUGGUCGACGUCAUCCCCGACACAGAGCCCGACUUUCUCCGGAGGCGGAAGAUUAUUCUCCAGAUGUCGGAGCUGUGGGGUGCUUUUGUUGGGAGCCCGGUGUCGCGGCAGAGCCUCAAGUACUUUUGGCUGGAAGAAUGCAUCGAAGGAGAGAAUCUCUUCUGCCCGGGAACCUACAAGAGUAUACUCGAUGCUGUCGCCAGGCCAGCGCUUUCCAAGGCGGAAAUCAGGUACAAUUCCAAGGCGAAAAGGAUACAAUACGGACAGGAGGGCAAGCGCAAAGUCGGUGUUGCACUCGAGAGCGGUCAGGUAUUGUCGUUUGAUGAGAUCGUCGUGACCUGUCCGCUAGGCUGGUUGAAGCGAAACCUCUCCGCCUUUCAACCCCCUCUGCCGGCACGUCUCGCCAAAGCCAUCGACGCCAUCGGCUACGGCUGCCUUGAAAAGGUCUACAUCAGCUUUCUCAAACCAUUUUGGCUGUCGGGUGACGGAGCCGGAGCCGACGACCGCAAGGUCCAGGGGUUUGCCCAGUGGCUGUCUCCCAACUACGCCUCGGACUCGAACCCUGACAGAUGGAGUCUGGAGGCCGUCGAAAUGGCCAGCCUCGAUGCUAAAACCUCGCAUCCGACCAUCCUCUUCUACCUCUUUGGCGAACAGUCAAAGCACCUGACCUCCAAGGCGCGCGAGAUGCAAGACCCCGUCAAGAGGGAACGGUUUCUCCUUGAUUUCUUUAAGCCCUACUACUCCCGACUUCCACACUAUUCGGAGACUUCUGCUGACUGUCGCCCCAACGGCUGCACCACCACCGACUGGCUCCACGACGAACUGGCCGGCUACGGGUCCUACAGCAACUUUCAAGCCGGUCUAUUAGAAGGCGACGAGGAUAUCAAAGUCAUGCGUGAGGGUAUCCCCGAUCAAGGUUUUUGGCUGGCAGGAGAGCACACGGCUCCAUUCGUGGCGCUCGGCACGGCCACUGGCGCAUAUUGGAGCGGCGAGUCCAUCGGUCGCAGCAUAGCGAAGGCGUACGGCCGAGAAACGCAAAAGAUAUGA